CUGCAACUCAUUUUGAAUCAAAAUUGAGAAUAACUUCAGUACUCACAGUAUGUACGGAGUUUCAUAGUUUACAUGUAGUGCAGUCCGUCCUGCAGCAAUGAACCUUCAGGAAAUAGUCUGACACCUCAUAAGCGAUGGAUGACAUCUAUGCCAAUGUUGAAAAUGACAAGUCUGUUAACCCAAGACCUUCAACAAAUCAGACAGGUCCCAGGAGCUCAGAGAGGAGAUUUCAUGGAGCUGUUGUUCUCUGUCUGGGGCUGCUGAGUGUUUUCCUGCUGGCUGGGAUCAUCGGCCUCGGUGUCCACUACCAUGUGUCAUUACGUGGAUCAGCUGCAGAGCUCUCCUUUAUCAAAGCCAACCUGACUGAGCGUCUCCAGGCCAGUGAUAACAAGUCUUCUUCCCUGACUGAAGAGAGAGACCGGCUGAACUCCAGCCUCACUGAAAUGGCUAAAGAGUUGGACCGGCUUAAACAGAAGAAAACGUGUCCAGCAGGAUGGAGGAUGUUCAGUUCUUCCUGUUUUCUCCUCUCUGCUGAGUCUGGUUCCUGGGAGAAAGGCAGACAAGACUGCAGAGAGAGAGGAGCAGAUCUGGUGAUUAUAGAAAGCUCUCAAGAGCAGACGUUUCUCUCUGAAUUCGUCAAAAAAGAUACUUGGUAUUGGAUUGGUUUGACUGACAGAGAUGAGGAGGGGACCUGGAAAUGGGUAGAUGGAACUCCACUGACUCUGAAGAACUGGAGGACAGGGCAGCCUGAUAAUGGCGGUGGAGAUCCACAGUCGGGCGAAGAGGACUGUGCACAUAUUGGACCUACCACCACUGAGUGGAAUGACAUGUCAUGUAAAUCUGUUAUGUACUGGAUCUGUGGAAAAAAAGUUUAACAUAGGUGUAUGUUUAUGUUUUGAGAUCAUACAUGUGAUAAAGCUUUUACAGUGUAAGCUGUGUGUG